AUGGUGUCCCCCGCACCCUCGUCCUCGCCCAUCCCCGAUGGCCAUCUAAAUGGCGCCAACACUCUACCCGUGCGGGCCGGCCCCAAGCUCUAUGGUAGUAACGACGGCGCUUACUCGGGAGCUGGCACCCCCAUAGGCUUCCAACGUCACCCACACAACAAAAUCCUCGAGAGUGUAGCCGGCUCAAGCAUCCGUCAACCUUCCCCACAACCCACCCACCUGGGAAUCCCCGGAGGCGGUUCACAUCGGAUCUUGUCCGAGGAAGAUCCCGGCUAUGUGGCUGCCAAGUUCGAGGGCAAGGAGAAGCAGAUGGAGCAGGUCAUGGACCAGUUGGAAAAGAAGGGCUUCAUUCCAGUGGAGUUCGUUCUAGGAGAGACUGAAUGGUUCUACAACCAACUCGGAAUCGAUGACACCUACUUCCAGACGGAGUCUGUCGAGGCCAUCGUUACGCAAAUUCUGUCCUUGUACGCCGCUAAGGUUGCCGCCUACGCCCGGGACGACAAGAAGCUCGAAAUCCGGCUGGACAAGGAGGCUGAGGAUCACGCGGUUUACAUUGACACCAGCAAGCCGGGUAUCUCCUCCGUCGAGGGCCCGCGCUACGAGUCGCGGAUUGAUAAAAAGUACAUCAAUGGCUCGACACCCGAGAACAGUUACCGAGUAGAGACUUUCCGCUCGCCUACCUCGAUUCCAGGUGAUGAUGGUCAGCAGCUGCGUUGCUACUUCGUCUACAAGUGUCAGUUUGUCAACCCGAACCCAGAUCCCAAUGAGACCAACAUCGACAUCAUUGGUGAGAAGAGGUUCUUGCAGAAGGCCACCCCCAACACCAAAGCCAUUUACCAAGAGAUCAUCAGCAACGCGGUCAGCCGCUCUGGCCCCGUCAUUGAGAUGUUCGAGAUUGAAAAGAGUCGCGAGAAGAGACUGGUCAUUGCCUACCGGCAAGGCUCGGCCAUGGGUCUUUUCAGUGCUCUCUCUGAUUUGUACCACUACUACCGCUUGACCAGCUCGCGGAAGUAUUUGGAACAUUUCUCCAACGGAAUCACGGUGAUUUCGCUCUAUCUUCGUCCGUUGCCCAAUCAGGAGAUAGCUGCCAAGUUUCCCCCGAUCGAGGCGGCGAUUCACCAGAUUAUCAAGGAGGUCUCCCUUUUGUAUUGCAUCCCCCAGAACCGAUUCCAGCAUCAUUUCGCAGUUGGCCGUCUCAGCUUGCAGGAGACGAUUUAUGCCCACUGCGCAUGGGUGUUCGUUCAGCAGUUUUUGAAUCGCUUGGGCUCUGAAUACACAUCGUUGACCGAUCUCUUGGAUUCUAACAACAGCGUUCACGCGGAGUUGUUGGCCAAGAUUAAGAAGCGUCUGCGUACCGAGACCUUUACUUCGGAUUAUAUUUCCGAGAUCGUCAACAAGUAUCCGGAACUAAUCCACAAGCUAUAUCUCGACUUUGCCAACACCCACUAUGUGCAGACCCGCGGCCCAGCUGAGGACGAUUUCCUUCCUACGCUAAGUUAUUUGCGACUGCAGGUCGACGAGGUCCUUGACGGCUCCAAGCUGAAGCAGCUCAUCUCAAGCACAGCUGCCAACGAACAUGAUGAAAUGGUCAUGAGCGCUUUCCGAGUGUUUAAUGCCUCCAUUCUUAAGACAAACUUCUUCACUCCAACCAAGGUGGCCCUCAGUUUCCGGCUCAACCCUCAUUUCCUCCCGGAGCAUGAGUACCCUCAGCCCCUAUAUGGCAUGUUCCUGGUCAUUAGCUCCGAGUUUCGCGGGUUCCACCUCCGGUUCCGUGAUAUUGCGCGCGGAGGUAUUCGUAUCGUCAAGAGCCGGAACAAGGAAGCCUACAGCAUCAAUGCCCGCUCUUUGUUCGAUGAGAACUACAACCUGGCCAAUACUCAGCAACGCAAGAACAAGGAUAUUCCCGAGGGCGGUGCCAAAGGCGUAAUCCUGCUCGACGUGAAUCACCAGGACAAGGCCCGUGUCGCUUUUGAAAAGUAUAUCGACAGUAUCCUUGAUCUCUUGCUGCCACCAGUCAGUCCUGGCAUCAAGGAUCCCAUUGUUGAUCUGUACGGUAAAGACGAGAUCUUGUUCAUGGGCCCGGAUGAGAACACGGCUGAGCUGGUUGACUGGGCGACGGAGCAUGCCCGCAAUCGUGGUGCCCUCUGGUGGAAGUCUUUCUUCACAGGGAAGAGCCCCAGACUGGGCGGCAUCCCUCACGACACCUACGGAAUGACGACGCUGUCCGUGCGACAGUAUGUUCUUGGCAUCUAUCGCAAGUUGAAGAUUGAUCCCAGCACCAUUCGCAAGCUACAAACUGGUGGCCCUGAUGGUGAUCUAGGCUCCAACGAGAUCCUCCUCGCAAAUGAAAAGUACACCGCCAUCGUGGACGGCUCUGGUGUGAUUGUUGAUCCCCAGGGUCUCAAUCAGGAAGAGCUUGUCCGACUGGCCAAGAAUCGAGUCACAAUUUCAGAGUUCGACCUGUCCAAGCUUUCGCCCCAGGGUUACCGGGUCUUAGUGGAUGAGAGCAACGUGAGAUUACCUAGCGGCGAGCUCGUCCACAAUGGAAUGAUCUUCCGCAACCUGUUCCAUCUGCGCAAUGACCAACAGUAUGACACCUUUGUGCCUUGCGGUGGUCGCCCCGAAUCAAUUGACCUGUCCACCGUGGGCAAGCUGAUUAACGAUGGCAAAGCCACCAUUCCCUACAUUGUCGAAGGUGCCAAUCUGUUCAUCACACAAGACGCCAAGCUCCGCUUGGAGCGUGCCGGCUGCAUCCUGUUCAAGGACGCGUCCGCCAACAAGGGUGGUGUGACCUCGUCUUCCCUGGAGGUUCUGGCUUCGUUGUCUUUCGAUGAUGCCGAGUUCGUGGAGAACAUGUGUAUUCGUGAGGACGGCACGGUGCCCAAUUUCUACAGCGAAUAUGUCAAGCAGGUUCAAGAAGUGAUCAAGCAGAACGCCACCCUCGAAUUUGAGGCUAUCUGGCGCGAGCAUGAGCAGACCGGUGUGCUCCGUAGUGUGCUCAGCGAUCAGCUUAGUAUCGCGAUCACCAAGCUUGAUGAAGAGCUUCAAAACACCGAGCUGUGGGAUAACGUCGAGCUCCGUCGCUCGGUUCUCCACGAUGCUCUUCCUAAGCUGCUUCUGAACAAGAUCGGCCUGGACACUAUCCUUCAGCGUGUACCGGAGAAUUAUUUGCGGUCUAUUUUUGGUAGCUACCUCGCCAGUCGGUUUGUUUACGAAUAUGGUAGCAGCCCAAGCCAAUUCUCUUUCUUCGAUUUGUGA